AUGCCUAAAGUCUCUCUUGGAAAGGUGUCUAAGCACAUCUCCAAAAAACGCGGAGAUGGUCUUAAUAUUAUGCACGAAAACAGCCGUGAUGCUCACCGACUGCGCAAGGCUGGCGCCCGCGACGAUCGAUUGUCCCGCCACAACCACACUGUGAACCGGGCAAGACAACCAUACAUGGAUCGAAUUGAAUACAUAUAUGAAGCUAUCCAAGAACAUACGGAAGCCCUCUCAACUGAACAAAUGACCGAGUUUGUCGCUCAGUACAUUGACCGUGACACCGAGGAAAUCAAACAGCUCCAGUCCGAGCGACGCAAGGGACGUCCCCCAAGCAAACGGGAAGAGGCUCUCAAAGAGCGGGUGCAGACCGAAGACCGAGAAUUCACAACCGGACUUUGGAUGCCAGACCUAAGCGAUCAAUUUGCAUUGACCGGAAUGAAGACCUGGAAUGGACAUUGGUCUGGUCUCAGCUCCAUCAAGUUCAUUCGUUUCACAAAGGCUGGAGAGAAACUCACAUCUACCUUCCCUCCCAAGAGCUUGUCAUGA